UCCAAUUACGUAGUCCUUCUCAGGAGGGAGAGAGAAAAGAAAAACCUCGUUGGCCACGAAGUCCCUCGGCUGAAAUAAGGGAAUGCUCGUUAUCUUUAUUUUCUGGAGCAUUAGGGGUAGGUACGCUAGCUAACAAAACAAUAAGUGAGUGUAAUUUGAAGGCUGACUGAAGUUUGCUCGCUAGCGAAUGCAUUUUAUGCCCCUUUUUGUUGUGCCAGCUACUGCUGUAGCUAGCAGCUAGCUAACGUUAUAACGUUACAGUAGCAAGCUAGCUAGCCUCCAUCGAUUUGAGAUACGUGGAUAAUGUUGGCCAAAUUGUUAACUAGCAAAAUCUUGGAUAUGCAUUCUUUUCGUUGUAUAUUUUAAUUUGAUCAGCGAGAGGGUAAGAUGCUUGCUAACAUUAGGGGGCUAGUUAACGUUAGUUAGCAAAUAUUGAUGUAAUCAGUCAUAUCUAUGUCAUGGUCUAUGAUUUUUACUGGAUGAUCCCAAUGCCUGGCACUGAUACAACCUCUGAGUAGCUGACUUUAUGUCGUAAAUUAAGUUUACUCAGCUCCACGAUAUUACAGGGAUCAAAAUGAGACCUAGAUGUGUGACCACAACAUUGGAUAUGGAUUCUCCUUCAGUGGUUAUCAGGAGUGUGAUCUAAAGAUGACAUCACAAUCCAGCCCAACUGGCUUUUCUAAUCUUCUUGACAGUUACUGUCAACAACACUGAGCCAAGAAGGAGCAGUUCAAUCAUGCCCUCAACACAGAAGAACCCAUUGGGCUUUGGCGAACGAAGAAAGCUGGACAUCUCUCAACCUUUGCAGCCUUGAAUGAGGCUGGUGGUGUUUCCCUUGAACACAACUUGGAUCGUGUGUUUUGACUCUUCAGCAGUCACCAGUUCACCUCUUGGAUAUAGAUGGAGGAGGACCCUGUCUGCUUGUGAGCCUGUCUGACCCAACAUCCUGACAGGAGCACUGCCUGAGGAAGAGCAAACAUGUCCCUCUCAACGGUGCUGGCGAAGGCCCUGUUUGACAAUGCAGCAGAGAGCCCUGAGGAGCUGGCCUUCCGGAAGGGAGACAUCCUGAUGGUUCUAGAACAGGAGCAGGGAGGGGGUCCUGGCUGGUGGCUCUGCUCCCUCCACGGGCGCCAGGGCAUCGCCCCCGCCAACCGCCUCCGCCUCCUCCACACCGCCCCCGCCCCGGGGGCCGACUCCCGACCCCCCAGCCGCGCCCCCAGCGAGGACUCUGUGUACCUCUCCCCAGGCCCCCUGGCCCGCACUUCAGUCUCCACAGAGGAUGUGGACGGGGUCUACCGCACCCCACCUAGCCUGGGGGAGGCCCUGUACCAGAGCCCAGGGGCGGUGCCUGUCGCCUCUAGACCAGGGGUGCUCCGGCAGGCCGAGGUAGGGGGUCGCCCACGCUCCCGCUCCAGCUCCGGCACACGCCCCUGUCCCGAUUGGGACGUUGGGGUGACGGGCCGCCCCCGCUCGCCCUCCCUCCGGUCCAGAGGCACAGACUCAGCUGGGAGCCUCUACCAGACCCCCUCCACCCCCACACCUCUCGGGCCCCAGCACCACAGGGGUCUGGCUGGAGACCAUGGACCAGAGAAUGUCUACCUGGCCCCCAGUGGGAUGCCUCGGGCGGUGGGUCUAGCUCCAGAGGGGCCAGAGGACAACACCUACCUGGUCCCCAGGGAGACUGUAGCGGCGGUAGGCCACUCUGAUGGCUGUUACCUGGUCCCCAGAGGGACUGUCCUGCCCAGCGAGGAGGUCUACCAGACCCCCACAGGAGGGGCAGCCGGGGGGGCUGUGUCGACCCAGGUUACCCCCAUCACUACUAGGGUCCUGGAGGCUCAGAGCCUCACCCCUUCACAGAUCAACGGGGGCGGGGGAGCCCCCCUUAAGCCCCUCACCCCUCAAUCCAAACUGGCACAGGACACCCCUGGGAUGAUGUACCAGACCCCCACCCCUGUAGGAGCAGGGAUUCUCAGGACUCCACCUGUCCCCGCACAGGGAUCCCCCAAACCUCAGUUGAAAGGGGCGACCCCCAAAACCCCAGGGACCCCCGGUGGUCAGGGUGGUGUGCCCUCCACCCCUCCCAUCACCAGGGGGAAGCUAGCUCCUGCUACCCCCCUCAGGGGUUCCCCUUUGCUGGCCAGAGCAGGACGGGGACAAGGCAGGGUGCCUGGAUCCCCAAACUUUGCCCGUAAGCCCCCUCCUCCAGCCCCUCCAGUGAGGGGGGUAACCAGAAAAGACUUGCCCCAAUCCGGAACCCCUGUAUCCACCUCUCAGCCUGUCCUCUCCACCCCCCAGUCGACUCCUGUACCCCAGCACCGGGAGAGCAAAGAUGGAAGGAUGACGUCGGAUGAAAAGAUGCAGAAUGGGCAGAAUAAGAAAGGAGAGGACGGAGAGUGUGAUGAUGAGAGCCUGGAUGAACAGGUGUAUGAUACUCCUCCCAGCAGUAGGUGGCAGCGGCCGGCCCCAGCAGCACUGUGUGACGAUGAGAGCAUCUACAACACCCCCCGCUCCCUUCCCCCACACACUGACCUAGAGUCUGAGGUCUAUGAUGUUCCCACCAUAAUACUUAACACAUCGUCAGACCCCCAGCAGCAGACCUACAACGCCCCAACGUCUGUUAUUACUGAUGAAUCGGAGGAGGACGUUUACAGCCUCCCAACCCUUCCUGGCCUACCCCUGGGCCUGGGGGACAUGUCCACCAUCGCCCCCUUGGAGGAGACGGAGCACGGCCAGGUCUACUCUGUCCCUGGCUCAGGGAAGAGGGCUCCGCUUGGGCUAGGCGAGGGCAGUGACCCGGGGUCUACCUCCGAGCCGGACUGUGGCAUCUACGACAUGCCCGCUCUCACCCUUGACGUGUUGCCCUCUUCGGCGAUGUCGACGUCGUCUUCGUCUUCCACACGUCGGUUAUCUGUAUCCAGUAAUGGGUCUGGUGACGUCCAAUGGAGGACCUCGCUUACGGGCCUUGUCCAAUCGGUGCUUAGCUCUGCCUCGGGUGCACCUGCCUCCUCGAGGGACCUGGCAACCUCAUUGGCUGAGAUCCUGUCCGUCUGGAAGUCAAGUCAACCCAGUGAGGUCCCUCCCCCUCUCCAACAGGCUUGGGCCCGCCUUUCAGACCUACUUCCUGCUUUGUCCGCCGGUGGCCACGCCCCUCCGUCGGACACUCUUCUCUCUAUGGUCCAACGAGCGCUGGAGGACUCCACCAUCCUAUUUCAGACCCAGGGGCGGCCCCGCCUCCCUUCCCAGGACUCCCUCUCCCGAAGACCCCUACCCGCCCUGCCCGUGGCCGAGGUGAAACCCAUAGGGAGGGGUAUGGGACCACGUAAGGGUAGCUGGAUCCAGGAGAGACCCUUACCCCCCACCCCCCAGCCGGCAUUCCCCCUGCCCCCCGCACAACCCUCCUCGGUGACCAUGUCCAUCACUGUGGGGCAGAGCGACGGAGAGGAGGGGAUGGGGAACGAGUACGCAGGAAUAGGUCUGACCCCCGCCCCGGCACCACUUCCUCUUGGAGACAGUGUGGGAUACGUGAAACUGCAGGGAAAGCCAGAGCCUCGCUCAGAUGCCCAGACAGAGAAUAGGUCAAACCAGACCCUCCACACCACAGAGCCUAGGGUCACAACCUCAGGUGGGCAUCUAUGUCAGGCCCUGAAGGCUGUCGUUGUGGCAACGAAGGGGGCAGCCCAGAACUACCCAUCAGUCGCUGCCACCCAGGAAAUGGUGGACCGCGUGGCCGAGCUGUCACAGCAUGCCGCAGGCUUCUCCGGCCUGCUGCAGCGCCUGGCGGAAAUAUCUUGACAAUAUUUCUUCAACUUUUCUUCUUAAAACUUGUUUACAAUACAUUUUCUCUCUACUUUGAAAUGCCUUAGUUGUUGUUACAUUGUGUUAUUAUCUUUCGAAUUGAACGGUUCGACGUUUGAAGUAAGUGAGGUUGAAUCAUAGAAUUUCAGUCCAGAAGAACUCAGAUCUGUGCCUCAAAUCGUCACCCAGUUAGAUUUUGUGUGCGUGUGUGUUCUUGGUUGGCCUUUUGUAUGUUUUUAUACCUACUCACUUCUGGGUUUUUGGUGCCAAGCACACUUUUCAUCUUGUGUGUCCUGAUGAUUGAUGAUGGCUGUUUUGUUUGAACCCUGUUUGUGACAUUCAGUGUCCCUUGUGGGCCACUGUAUUAUGGGAGUCAGCUUAUUUCUGUUCGGUUGCCAUUAUUUCUUCUUACAUUGACAUAACCGUUUAUUUUAUUUGAUCUUUGCAUUUUUAUUUAUUGUAAGUAACCCUCCAUCCCCCUCUCCAAAAAUAGCAAUUGAGUCUCACAUCCUGGUGUUGUUUGUUGGAGCUAUGGAGGAGAGCGGGGAUAACUUGAUGACGGUGCAGGUGGUGGGUCUGUAUGUAAAUGCCAUGACGGCUUUGCUGUGUGUUUCUGCCUGGGCUUCCAUGUUGCAUUGGAGAAUCAAAUGUCAUAAAACAACACUUAAAAAAAAAAACUUUAGGAUGUAAACCAUAGGAGUUUGAAAGAUGGCUAAAUCAGAUCUGGGACCAGACUACUCUUACCGCUUCAGUUUCCUACCUUGCAGUCUGGAAGAGCGGGAUGGAAAAGAAGAGAAUAUGAGUGUUAAACGGGAUUGAGAUGGAGGGAGAUGAGAUGAUAGAUGGAGCGAUUUGAUAGAGAACCUGAGGGGUGUACUACUCUGUUGUGAAAGGAAUGAUGGUGGAGCAAUAGAGCGCUUAGUCGGUCAUGUUCUUUCCCACAGUAAGGCCACCAAGUGAAAAACCUGUCUGCAAACUUUUACUUGUCUACACCUGUUUCGCUUUCCAUUCACUCACUUGUCCCCCUCUCUCCUUUUCUUUCGAUUUCCCACACGCGUUUCAACUUUCGUCACACCCUGGCUUUCCCACACAGCUGCACAGUCCCCUGCAUGUUGUCCAAAGGAUGAGAAAGAAAGGGUUGUCUUUUGUCUAAUCUAUGAUGGUGGCUCCCAGACAGACAUGCUGGCCUACUCUUGCCUGUGCCUGUCUGUGUUUUCUCUCCAACUCUAUUGUCAGUGAGCGCUUGUGAGCUAUAGUAAACAUGUGGGUUGCAGACAUGCCAAAUAGGAUAUUACUGUAGUGCGUGUGUAUCUCCAUAAAGUUCAUAUCUUUGUUUCCAUCUCUCUGCUUAAGUCUAAUCUCCUGUUUUGCGCCUGUUUAGUGCUGCCUCUGAUAGGCUAGGUACUAGUUUGGCCAUAUUCGUUCUUGGGUUACUCCUAUCCAAUCCUCUCAGAUCCUAAUAAGUGCAUAGGGGGGUAAGGGUUCUGUACAGCACUUCGAGAUAUUAGCUGAUGUAAGAAGGGCUAUAUAAAAUAAAAUUGAUUGAAUUGAUGGUUCAUUUGGGAUUGGGGCGCAGGCUUCUAGGCUUUCGUGUUGUUGAAAGACACUAAUUGCCCUGCAAACUCAAUGCUACCACCAACACCCUCACUAGUAUAGCUGUCUCGAAGUCUAUGCAGCAGUGGUAUGUUGGUGAUAGAGGAUAAAAUGAACAAAGAUGCAUCAGUGCCAAAAAAAGUACGAAGAACUUUCACCAAGCUCUAGUGUUAUGCCUUUGAGCGCUACCUAGUGGAAGGUAGCAGUAUUUCUACAGAAUGCCUGCCUGCACAGCGCACACCACAUCCAUGGCCUGAUAAUAGAAAAGCAGCAUCAUCAUAAUAAUAAUUGUAUUUAUUGAUCAUUUUGUAUUUGCUUUAUGAUCUGCAUGGCUUUAAGUUGCUUUAUUUGUUAUAUGCACAUAUUUAACAGGGACAUUUUCACUUCACACAGUGAAUUACAUUUUACUACAAUAAUGGUUAAAAAGAACAAGCUGAGAAGAGCAGUUAGUUUGAUUGAGCUAUAAUGUUUUUUUGCCUUCUUUUUUUUGUACCAGAAUAUAUUUUUGAAAGCUUUUCGUUGUGUAAUUAGUUUUUACAAUAAAGUGAAUUUGUUGGUAUUGACUCCAUGGCUAGAAAAAGGCAUAUAGAUCUAUCCAGUAUACACUUCAUGAAAGUUGAACACUACAAUGAUGCCUGACUAUGUUCCCCUCAAAAAUGCACAAAUACAUUUGUACAAUUACAUUUA